AUGGGUCACGCGCGGAGACAGCAUACCAAGUCUCGUCUUGGUUGCCAAACGUGCAAAAGGCGAAAAAUCAAGUGUGACGAGUCCAAACCUCAGUGCGGGAACUGCGCUCGAUUCAGCGUCCCUUGUGACUUUUCUCCUAUUCCUGCGCAGGCUACAAGUUUGGCUCCCAAGUCAACUCGUCGAGGCCGGCCUCGAUCCGACUGGGCGAGUUGGGCCGAGCAGCUUCGCCUGAGCUCUGCAGCUUCCGCCCCAAGAGCAUGUACAUGUUCCGCCAAGCGGCUUGAUGUUGAUAGCUUGGAGCUAUUUCAUAACUUCAUGACCACCACUGCGCAAACAUUGGGCGACGAUAUCAAGUUCUGGUCCGAAGGGGUGCCUCAGCUUGGCGUUCAGCAUCCUUGCAUCCUUGAACUUAUCCUGGCCUUGUCAUCUUUCCACCUUGCUAGACUGAAGCCGGAUAAUGCGCCAAGAUAUCUGGAGCUUGCUGAGAAGCACUCAACCUUUGCUAUACAAGAAGCAACCGAGUUCCUCAAACACCUAGAUAGCGAGACCUCAGCACCACUUUACGUCAUUGCCGUUCUCAUAUGCUUCACAGCUCUAGCUAAAGGACCUACUCCGGGCCAUUUGCUUCUGGUUGCCGAGCAUGGACAAAUCUCGUGGCUGUCAUUGCUCCGUGGCGUGAAAUUCGUCGUUUCCACGUCGGGGUGGCCAUCCAUCUUCUCCGGUGCGCUGGCCGACUAUCAACCUCAGCCGGAGAAGGAGAAACAGCAAGAAGAGCCGUCCCUGUCAAAGCCCUUGGUGACUGGCAUUGAGGACUGGCGCUUGUCCUUGAACGGCAUUUCAGACCUGAUAGCCGUCGUUGGAGUGCAGCGAGCCAGGAAUGCUUACGAACACGAGAUGGAGGUAUUGUUAGGCUGCUUUGAGUCAACCUUUGGCAAGGGCCGAGAUUCCCGGCAAACUAUCAAAGGCACGAUGCAGGCUGUCAUGUCCUGGGUCUACCAGCUGAAUGAUGUAUUCAUUGAGCAGUUGGAAAAUAAAGACACGAUUGCCUUGAUUAUCUUGGGUCACUUUUGCGUUUUGCUCAGCACUAUUGAACGGUAUUGGUUCAUUGAAGGAUGGGCGCGGCACACCAUACAAGAAAUCCUUCACAUCUCGGAGGCAUGUCGCAGAUGGCUUUCCUGGCCAAUUAAAUAUUUGGAAUGAGAAUAUGCAACUUGUCAAUGGCUUAUUGUUAACGUCUCGAUAACUGUACUAACAUACGUCUCAAAGGGAAUUGUGUCCCGCUGUGACGGCGAACGUUGCUGCGGCUUUGGCGAUGCCCGACAUUGUGAGAUUUGUGGCAAGGGUCAAUAAAGACAAGUGAGCGCUGUUGAUGGAAUUGGAAUUUUCGGGUGUGAAGAGCCGAAGCUUGCGCGAGGCGUCAAUGUUAUACCUUUCAUCUUGACGUGCCAAAAGGAUGGUGUUGGCGUUGUGUUGAACAAUACAGCUAGCAGAAGGUGACUUAUAAGUUGAUUGAAGCUACCACCAAGCACAUACGACCAUAGGUAGUGGAGAAUUCGGAGGUCAGCCAGGCUCUUCUCUCGAGUUUGAUGCCUUCAAAAUGUUGAGAAAUUUAGGUAGUCUUUCUCUCUCUUCUUUUUACCUUUUCAAUGUCCAAACUUAGUUUUAUU